CAAUGCUACAAUGAUGAGGAUAUAUCAGAAACUUUUAAAUGUUUAAUCUUUCAAUUGCAAAACUUUUUGGAUACCACUAGCAUCAUCUUUUAUACAUCCUUGGCUUCAUCAACAAUUUGUCUCUUAAAUGCAUUACAAAUCUACUUAGAUGAUCCGGAAGUAAUUCCUAAUCUCAAUCCAAAUAAUAUAAAUUAUUAUUAUUCUAUUGUCAAUGCGAAUGGUAGUUUUUAUUUUAUUGCUAUGGCAUCUAUGACUAAUUACA